GGAGGAUGGACGAUGAUCAACAGGGGGGCGUCCGUCGACGUUUGGCGAUUCGAAAUUGUCAGUAAAACGCUGCGUGAGAAAUGCAAGAGCUUGGGGAUGCCUGUGACACGCGAUAGCGCAGUGAAGCUCUGGGACACAUUGGAGCGAGCGCGUGGGAGUUGUUUUCUCGUGCGGGAUGUCAUGAAGUGGCGCCACAGAAAUGGUCUCUCCAGGUUCGACGUCAAUGCUGCGCCUUCAGCGCGCACAAUUCUACUGCGUGAGGAGUACCGCGAUGGCAUCGGCCGUCGUGUGAUCGCUGAUCGUGAUUUCUUAGACAACAGGCAGGAGCUCAAUAGACUGAAGCGAAAGGAUUUCUUUGAUAAGUGUGCAGCUCUUGGCGUUUCCGUUCAUUAUAGUAGAAUAGUUUAUAGACGGUGGGAAG